AUGGAGGAUGUCAAGCAAGCGGAACACGUGCGGUCCUGUGUGAAGCUCAUAAACGCCACACAGACGUCUCAACUGCAUGAAUGGAACCUUGACUCCCUUGAUCGAGCUUUACAUUGGGCAUCUGCAGCUGAAGAUAUAGCAGCUAGUUAUACUUCACAGCAGGACGUUGAAAGUCGUAUCCAUCGAUGGUUCCCAGUAGCUACUUUACCUACACUCCCAGUCGAUCAAGCGCUAACGGCAGAUGCACUUUGCCAUGCCAGAAUGCAUUUGUUACGGUCAAUUAUAAAGAGUCCAUUCUUAAUGUCACAUCCAACACCGUCUGCAUUACUAGUAACAGUGCUUCAGAAGCUGCAAAAAAGACGUGAAGAAUCUAUGCAUUUCUCCAUUGCAGAGCAUUCAUCAAUUAGUGCAUUACUGACUGAAAACGUGAUUGGAGCUCGUCGUACGGACGCCUUGCUAGCCAUAGCACGUCGAAUGAGCGACAAGUGCAAGCGCGUUCGAGUACAAGUACUCUCUGGUUGGGUUGCAGUGUUUCCAUUGAAGAGUUACGCUCUCUCACCUCGAACGCUUCAGUUGAGGGCCAUGGCAAAAACAUUGCAGCGCAAUGCAGUGGAUGCUCGUGCAGCAGUAAAGCGUGAAACAUUCCAAGCCUUUUUGAAUGAUCUACGAGGCUGUUUUGAAGCGCCUGACAGUCAAGAUGUACGGGAAGUGGUCUUGUUGAUGCUUGUCAUGUGCGAAUGGCCUAAAGAGGAGCCACUACAACUUCGAGGAAUGAAGGAAGAUCUUGUGAAGAUUGUGCAAGAUUGGGUAACGUGCAAGCCCAUUCGGUUCUGGACAUUCCAGCCAUGGCUAGCAGCCAUGUUAGCCAGUCAAUCGGAACGUCUCGCAAGCACAUACAUAUCCAAUCUCUUCGAAACAGGACUUUUGCGACCAUGGGAGCGCGAGUUUGCAGAGCGGGUCGCGACGACACUUUUGCAUGCGGGAAACGUUGAGCACGUACUGAAAGCAGCCUUGACGAAGCUGGACCCCCAUUUGCAGCAUGCUUAUUUCAAUAUCAAUUCUCGGCCCACGCUUUCGUUGCGCUAG